UUUGUGUCAAAGAAUUUUUACAAUAAUAAAUUUUUAUUAGCCGCAUAAUUAAAAUUUAUUCGAGAGUCGAUCAGGAAGAUGGUAUUUAAAUGUUUAAAGUGUAGAAAUACGUUGUGAAUGUAAUACACAGUAUUGCUUCACACCUAGAAGUGGAUUCGUUGAUAUUUACAAGAAAAGCUAAGUUUCGGAAAGCAAUAUGUCAAAAGAUGGCAAAGAGGGGAAAGGUAAAGGUCCUGAAACAAGUGCAUUUAUGAAGGACUUCAUCGCCGGUGGAGUUUCCGCUGCCGUGUCCAAAACCGCCAUGGCGCCUAUGGAACGAGUGAAACUAAUUCUACAAGUACAGCACGUUUCAAAACAAAUUGCAGAAGAUAAAAGAUAUAAAGGUAUCGUCGAUGCUUUCAUACGAAUCCCUAAAGAACAAGGAAUCGGUUCUUUGUGGCGAGGGAAUUUAGCUAACGUAAUUAGAUAUUUUCCCACGCAAGCCUUGAAUUUUGCAUUUAAAGAUGUUUACAAAGGCAUGUUCUUAGAGGGUGUUAAUAAAAACACACAGUUCUGGACAUAUUUCGCUGGUAAUCUAGCCUCCGGUGGCGCAGCCGGUGCGACAUCUUUGUGUUUCGUGUACCCUUUAGAUUUUGCAAGAACAAGAUUGGCCGCUGAUGUGGGUAAAGGAAAGGCAAAGGAGUUUAAUGGACUAGUCGAUUGUUUGAUGAAGACCCUGAAGUCUGAUGGCCCAAUAGGAUUGUACCGAGGGUUCGUUGUCUCGGUACAAGGAAUAAUUAUUUAUCGUGCCACUUAUUUUGGGUUAUACGAUACAGCUCGAGGAAUGCUCGUUGAUCCCAAAAAUACUUCUAUAUUUGUAUCAUGGCUCAUUGCUCAGACGGUAACUACGAUUGCCGGUAUUACCUCUUAUCCUUUGGACACGGUACGGCGGCGUAUGAUGAUGCAGUCAGGUCGGCCAGUUAAUGAACGACUGUACAAGAAUACACUACAUUGUUGGGGGGUUAUACUCCGGACAGAAGGGCCAGGAGCUUUCUUUAAAGGUGCCUUUUCAAAUGUCCUUCGAGGAGCUGGAGGCGCUUUUGUACUUGUUUUAUACGAUGUGAUUAAAAACCUUCUUUAAAGUGCGUUUUCGUAGUGAGUGGCAAUUUUUGGAAUACACAUUUAAAAACCUCGUUGGCUUGUAUAAUGCUCUUGUUGGAUGAUAGUGGUGUAAAAUUGUGAAUGUGGAGAUGCUUGUUUUAGGGUUGAUAGGAAAA